GUUCCUUGACCAACAAAAGCUCACCUCCUAUCUUUUUGCAUUAAAAGCAAGAAAUUACAUAAGGUAAAAUUUUCAUUAAUCAACAAAAUCGAUCUAGAGAACACCAACAAUGAGUGAUCACAACCAACACCAGCCUCCUCCUCCUCCUCAACAACAACCUCCUUCACAGCCUCCCAAUAAUGUUCCUCCUCACCAGCAAUCUCCCAGUGGUGUUUCUGCUCCUCCUCCUCCUCAAGGUUCAAUAGGUUAUCCACCACCACCUGAAGGGUAUCCCAGGGACAUUCCUCCACCACCUUCAUAUCCCCCGCAAGGAUACCUCCCUCCACAAGGGCAAUCUCCAACUCAUGGCUAUCCUCCUCCAGGCUAUCCUCCUCAGGGUUCUCCACAUCGUGGGCAUCUUCCUCCAAAUUCUCCGCCACAUGGGUAUCCUCCUCAAGGCUAUCCGCCUCCAGGUUAUCCGCCCCAGGGUUAUCCUCCCCAAGGAUACCCUCCCCAGGGCUACCCUCCUCCCGGAUAUCCUACGCACGGCCAUCCUCCUCCAGGAUAUCCCCCUCAUUAUCACCCCCAACCUGUCCAUCAUCAGCAAACCAAUACUAGUAGCAGCACGGGUUGUUUGAAUGGCUGCUUGGCCGCUCUUUGCUGUUGCUGUAUGUUGGAUUGCUUAUGGGGAGGAAUGUGAUUGAAGUCUUAUUUCAUCGGAGAAUAUUCUGUAAAAAAUUAUUCUCCUAAAUGUAGUUGCCAAAUAUUUCUCUAUUAUUUAGGUUUUGUCUAUUCUUCUAGAGUGUCAAUUUGCACUUCCUAUAAACAUAUGACAGUAAAAAAGGGAGUGUGGUACUAUUUA